CAGCUAGCUCCUCCACCCGUGUGCUGAAGACAUCAGGUGCCCUGGCAGGAACUGAAACAUGAGGCCCCCGCGCAGGCUGGAGCCACGUUUCAGAGUCUCAUAGGCGUUUCCAGGGCCCGCUUCUGUGAUGUCAUCCCCCAAAGGAAGUAACGUCCGUAAGACGAGGUUCUCCAGCUUUGUAGGAAGGGUGCUGCUGGAGGUGCCGUCCCUGGAGGAGCAGGACUGGCCUAAGGACGAUGAGGAGGAUUUCGACUUCAAAGACGCAGAGCAGGAGGCAGACUCCCUGCCCCAGCCUUACCGGAUGAUCAACAAGAUGGUGAACCUGCUGUUGGACCAGACAUGGGAAGUAAUCAUGAGCAAGCACGCGGCGAGGGAAGCGGAGCGUGGCCGGGCCCAGCCCACCAGCCUCCCUCCGCUCGUGGAGAGCAAGCUUGACAAAAUACCAAACUGUAUGGUUGUUUCCCAAGACUACGUGUUCGUUGGAGGAGCCAGAGGCUUCUCCAUCCACGAUCUGUACGACGCCAGACGACUACAUGUCUGGGAGAAACUGAAGGUGGACGUCACUUCCAUCUGGGCCACAGAUCUGGGGACUGACAUACUGAUUGCCCCCGUGGAUGAAACGGGUAUUGCUCGACUGUUUUAUUUUUAUAAGGAUGGACUUGUCCUAAUCAAAGCCAUCAAUGAAGUGGACGAUACCAGCAAGCAAACGACCUGUCUGAGGAUGGAGAUCUCUCACGGAGGGGAUUUUGCAGCCUUCCUCCUACAAGGCGCCGGAGAGGUUUGGCUGGACGUGUAUAAACUGCCCAAGGAGUCUUGGGUCAAGGAACUGGAGCACCCCCAACCCGCCGUAAAUCCAAAGAAGAAAGUCAAACAGCUGCAACCGAAUACUCUUGAUUUCGUGACUUCGGAUGAUUUGGAAACGGAUGUAAGCACUUGUGUUAGAGGAGACAUUAAGUUGAGUCCUCCAGUUCAUAUAAUGAAGAUCAAACCACCCAAACCAAUUACAGGUACCACCUUUAAAAGCCCCCUGGAAGUCUUCGCAAAGAUAGAGGACUGCUCGGGGCUGGGCUCAGGGCAGAACCACUUCAUCAAGGACAGUCAGUGGGAGCAGCAGGCGGCCGUCUUCAAAGCCGCCUUCAAGAAGCACGGGGAUGAGGAGUGGGAGGAGGAGCCGCGGCUCAGCACGGCCACGUUCUACUUCCUCCUCCCCAGCUGCCUAACCGCCCUGCCAGCGGACGCCAAGAGCCCCUCAGGGGUGGCCUGUGUCCUUGGCAUACACUGGACUGGAAGCCACAACUUCUUCUUCUAUUCACUUAACCGAACUCUGAAGGAUAAAGUCGACCCGGAGGGCGUGUGGCCCUGUGCCUCGCCCAUCACCGUCUCCCGGCUCAGCUGCUGCUGCUCCUACCUGGUGCUGGCCUGCGCGGACGGCGUGCUCACGCUGUGGGACCUGGCCGAAGGUUUCCCUCUCGGGGUCAUCGCUCUUCCUGAGGGAUGUUUCUGCCAGAGCAUUCACUUCCUCAAAUACUACUUAGUCCACGAGGGACAGAACGUGUAUCCCGAGGCGCCCGUGAAAUCCCAGAUGAAAUGUGUGGUGCUGUGCACGGAUUCUUCUCUCCGCUUGGUGACAGCCAGGGGGACCCAGGAACCCACCAUGAGCGUGCUGGCUGAGAGCCCCGUAAAGUCCCUGGACGAAGCCAUCUGCGCCGUGGCCCCGGUCCCCGCCUUACCCGGCAUGGUGCUGACUUUUUCCAGGAGCGGCUCCGUGCAGCUCAUGGACGUGGCCAAGCCUCAGGUCAUCUGUGCCUUUGCUCCGCCCAGAACCUACCGGCUGGCAGCUCCCUGGAAGCCCGUGUUCGUCGUGUCUUUGCACCACCCACGUUUCCUGCUCCGAGGGGACCAUCCUGACGAGAUUGGAUCCGAUGACGAUGCCAAGGACGGCCAGAAUUCUAUUUUCUGUUUUAACCUCGAGGCCUACCCGCUCCUGGAAAACAUCUGCAACCCUCGCACCGUGCGGCAAACGGACACGGCCGAUAGCACGGCCUUCGCCCAGGGACUGCCCUUGGAGAAAAGAUGCGAGAUUUUCCUCCAGAAGAGGUUCCGGAAGCUGGAGAAGAAGGUGCAGGAGCAGGAGCACUGGACCCGGAUUCGCAGGUACUCCCUGCUUCUCCAGAAAGAGGCCUCCCAGAAGUGAGGGGCUCCCUGGAGGGUCAGCAGCAGGCUGGCCUCGCCCCAGAUGCUCUGAGGUCAAGAGACAAGGUGACGGAGGGCUGCCGCUCAGGAGGCCCCGGGGGCCUGACGGGCAGCCUGGGACCUCAGCAAGGGGAGAAGGGUGAGCUGGGAAGCCUUCAACCUGCUCGUCAGAGCCCCCGCACGGGCACAUGUCACCCCAAUAAACAGUGACAUUGUUUCCAGA